CUUCAGUAGUACUCAUCUUGAAAAGCUCACCUACGGAAAUGGUGUAUACUGAUUUUGACAAGGCUUCUGAAAUAUUAAGUAUUCACGUAGCAAUUAUGAAAUCUAUUCUGAACUUCUUGAUGAGUUUUAAUACGAUAUGACUCUGCUGACUCUCCUAAAUUUGAGGUUAUGGUCAGAUAAUGACAUAGACUUAUUUAUGGUAAACUUCUCAUAAAUUUGAAAACUGAGUGUUCACAUCUGAUAAGGCGCUUCAGGAUUGUUAUUGUAUACGAUCUUGAACUCUAUACGCUUCUAUUUAUAAUGUCUAUCGUCUAAACGAAUGAGUUCCCAGUUGAGAGCCUGCAUAAUUUGUCAAAUCCAUACUCCAUAAAGUCGAAUAAACUGUGUAAUAAUUAUAACAUGUACGACACAAAAGUUACUUUUGAUAAUUAAUGUAUUCACUAAAUUACAAAUUUAAAAAAUCCCAGAAAGGAAGCUAGCUCAGGAGACAAUUUUUAGAUUGAAGGAGGUGCUUCCUGAGCCAAAUUAUUCAUCUCACACUCAGAAUGGAUCUGAAAGAGCUUUCUCAGCUCAAUGCCGAUAUGAAAUUAUGAUGUUUCCCACCGCUGAGAAUUUCCAGCUGAGGGACCAUUCUGGGAAUUUUAAGAAGUCUCUCUAUAGCACUCCUCAAGCAUGUUAUACCAAAAUGAAGCUUCAAAACUAUUAAUCAUGGAUCUCGCACUAAGCAUGGUUACUCUCACCAUGAAAUUAUGAAGGUUGAGUACCACGAAGUAUUCAUCUUUGCUUACGUUGCAAACUUUAAUUGUAUCCAAUUUUCUAAGACAGGGAUUAAAAUAUGAAGAUCUUCAACAAUAAAAUUUCGACGGAAGGCACACAAGGCAAACAUAAAAAUAAAAAGACUAGUCCAAAGAGUAAUCUUCGCUGUCAAUGUUUUGGCUAUAUGAAUUAUGAGAGCACAAGUUAUGGAAAUAGAUAUCAAUGUUUUGUACACAUGUUGGAUCUGCCCUGAAAAUUUUAACUUGGCUACUUUUUGUAUAUAGUUUUGGAAUCUGAACUAUAAUAUCAGGCGAAAGUUAUAAAUAUGAUGAAUUAAAGCAUUAUGAAGCUAAAACAACCUUAAAGUUUGCAUUAUUCAGCCUCUACAUUGAAACACCUAAAUUUUUACUGGAGCUGUUUGAAAAAUUUGCAAAAUUUAAUCAUUGGGCAGGACUCAAGCACCCAUACACCUCUAAUCAUUUUGGUGCUUAAAUAAUCAAUAAAGAGGUCAAUAAUAAUUAGUAAACAUGAUAUCAUUAAAAUGGCCUUAACAUUUGAUAAUAAUGAUAGUUUUUACCUUCUGAAACUUAAAAAUUAUUGGUUCUAACUGUCAAUAUUCUAAUCACAAAAGAAGCCAUACAAUCGAAUAGAAAUGAUUCAUUGCAUAGUGAACCCCCUCUUCUUUUAUUUUUGAAGCUCAGAGGUAUCACUUUCAACUACAAUUUCAGCAUCUAACUUAAUGCUGAGAACCGAUUGAUGAAAUAUAUGGUUUAGACAGAUCAAACACUUUGUUUUGUUCUAGCAUUAGAAAUCAUGAUUUGAUCAUAUGCCAGUAGUCUUAGCUAGUUAAUAGGGAAGAGUCAACUUAUGAUAUUGCUAUGAGACUUUGGACAAAGAAAUUUACGGUUUCUUAGUUGGUAUCAACACUAAUAACAAAGAAAUACGAGUGCUAAAAGUCUAUCAACAGCCCCAGCUUUUACAGGAGUUGUAUCUAAGGAUAUAAUUAAUGCUUAGGAUUACACACAUAAUUUUGAAGAGUCCCUACUCUUUAAGCAAACCUAAUAAUCAAAU